AUGAAGUAUAAAUCGUUACUAGUAUUUUCGAUUCUUCUAACUUAUUACCAAAGUGAUGCUCAAAAUCGUGCAAAAGGACUUGAAGAAAAAGUUCAGCAAUUGACGGAUUUAACUGCAAAGAAGUCAAUAAUACCCUUAAAUUUUAACAAAUUCAAGGAAUAUGUGAAGUCACCACCAAAGGAUUAUUCUUUCGUAGUCAUGUUUACAGCUAUGGCUCCAUCACGACGGUGUGCUAUUUGCCAACACGUAUUUGACGAAUAUUUGAUCGUUGCUAACUCAUUCAGAUUCUCGCAAUUGAACAACAACAAACUCUUCUUUGGUAUAGUUGAUUUUGAUGAGGGAUCUGAUGUUUUCCAAAUGCUUCGUCUAAACACUGCUCCAGUGAUUAUGCACUUCCCGGCAAAAGGCAAGCCAAAACCAGCGGACUCCAUGGACUUUGAGAGAGCUGGUAUUCAUGCAGAGGCUAUUGCUAAAUGGAUCCAGGAUAGGACUGAUAUUCAGAUCAGAGUCUUCCGUCCACCAAACUACUCAGGGGCUUUUGCUUUUUCGACGCUUGUCAUCCUCGCCGGCGUGUUCUUAUACAUUAGACGCAAGAACUUGGAAUUCCUUUACAACAAACAGAUGUGGGCGGUCGCGGCGGUGUUCUUUUGUUUCACCAUGGUGUCUGGUCAGAUGUGGAAUCAGAUUAGGGGGCCUCCGUUUUAUCAUAGAUCUAAGAAUGGACCAGUUUAUAUCAACGGAGGAUCCCACGGACAGUUUGUGCUGGAGAGUUACAUUGUAGCCAUUCUGAAUGGCGCUGUAGUCGUCGGUAUGAUACUUAUGAUAGAAGCAGCCGGGGGAGUGAGGAGUACAGAUAUAGCGCGCACAACGGUGGAGGGAAAGAGACGGCGGUUCCAGUCUGUGGUUGGGCUAGUGCUGGUAUGCGCAUUUUUCUCACUACUACUGUCGGUGUUCAGAGCGAAGACGCAAGGUUACCCUUAUAGUUUUCUAUUCAAAUAG